AUGGCCACUUAUGUCCUUUCGGAAGAGGCAAUGGUCGUUACCAGCACAGUCAUCUUUGUGAGCCAUAUGAGCAAAAUUGCUCAUCACUCUGUCAUCUGCCACAUUUCCAUAGGUGAUGAUGGACCCAACCAUAUCGACGGCAAACUUAAUCGCCAGCAUUGCUUGUUAUUGCUCAUUGUUUGGAUCGUAAUAGUUAGAGAAACGGCAAACUUGAUACUAUGUACGCAGAAAUUAAUUUCUCUUGUCUACCACUGGCCAUCCCCACAAAAAUGUCUGGAUGGAGCGCGAUUAUUGCGAUGGAGAAGAUAA